GGAACUCUUUUGUGUUGAAAGGUUAGCAUGUAUCUGACGAAUGUUUAUCUCUGAAGUAAUUUUUGGUGAACCAAAAAAUACACAUUCUGGGUGAAAAAAAUGUAGGACAUCUCGGAAUUAAACUUAUGGAUUAAUGCUCUGGUGGCAGAAUUUUAUCUCAAAAAUGCCCCGAGCAAGCUUAAAACAUUUGCUCGUAUUUUUGGGCAUCACCACACUUCUGGUAACUGUGUACAAUAUUGGAAAAUGUGAUAUUGCCAGAAACGACAGUAACUUCUAUCGGGAAGAAAAAUUGCCACAUCUUGAUGGUAAUUUUGGUGGCACUAAAGGUUUUCAGCCACGAGUAGCUCAUUCAUAUGACAUUGCUAAAGAGAAGCAACCCAUAGAAUAUGAGGAAAUAGAUUGUAUUAUAAAUGAGGAUUAUACAGUUAAAGGGAGAAAAGAGGGCAGUGAAGUGUACAUGCCAUUUUCAUUCAUACAGAAAUAUUUUGAGGUUUAUGGAGAUAUAGAUAAGUCGGACGGGUACGAGAGGUUUUCCUUCCACCACAGUUACCAGGAUGAUUUCCCCACUGGUCCCCAGCCCAGGUACUCCCCCAGUGGAGUCUUCAUGUCCUUUGACCUUUACAGUGUAGAGGACAGGAACAGAGUGAAAUGUGUCAGUGGGAUAGAAGGUGUCCCAAUAUCCACACAAUGGGAUCACAAAGGUCACUAUUAUCCAAUACAGAUUGCACAGUUUGGAUUAAGUCACUACAGUAAACACUUAAUCCAGCCCAAAAACAAGGUCAAAAUACUGGAGGAUGGAGAGCGGACAGACUUAUCAGACUGGCUACUCCCAGAUCAAAAGUCGGAAAUCCGCAGCAAACUGGAUGACCGUACUUACCUGGAUAAUGGAGUGGUGGAAUUCCAAACAUCUCCAAGCAUGAAAAAUCCAGGAAUCAGCAUAUCAACGAGAGAGAAAAAGUUGUCUACUCUUUCUAUGGAUCUCAACUUCAUCAACAAUGGCAGUAUAACUGUAGUUAUUCAGAUGGGGGAUGGGAAUUUGUAUCGUAUUCACUAUGUUCUCAGUGACACAGUCAUGAGGCAAGACGGCAACAGAGACCUUUACUAUGGGCUUGGAUCUUCCAAGAAAGGAAAGUGGUUUCAUUUAACAAGACUUCUUCUGGUUGAUUUUCAAAAGGGAAUGAACUUGAUGUAUUCCAAAACUCGUGGUGCUAGAAUGAAGAAUAGUGCUCGUAUUACAGCCAUUUGUGUUCGCGGCCGUGGUGUUAUGGACAAUGUCACGCUUUCUGCACAUGCUCAUAUGGACCUGUUUUUCGAUGCUGCAAAUUACUUAGUGCGGCAUCAGAAUUCCAUUGGCGGUUGGCCUGUCAUGGUUCCUCGCAAACUCAUUCCAGAGGUCAUGGAGCUUGACUCUGGCUGGUACUCGGCCAUGGGUCAAGGUCAAGCAAUAUCUCUUCUUGUGCGUGCCUAUGUUGUCUCAAAAGACGUAAAGUACAUUGACGCAGCAGGCAAAGCCCUCAGUGUUUUUGACAUUCCAAGUUACCAAGGGGGAAUAACUUCCAAAUACCUCAACACUUAUGAGUGGUAUGAAGAGUACCCCACGUCGCCUAGUAGUUUUGUGCUCAAUGGAUUCAUGUACUCUUUGAUAGGGCUUUAUGACUUAAGAGAAACAGCAACAGGAAAAAUCAGAGAGAAAGCAUCAGAGUUAUUCAACAGAGGGAUGAGGACUUUAAAGGCCAUGCUUCUAUUGUUUGAUUCUGGAACAGGUACAUUUUAUGACCUACGGCAUAUCACUGCGGGUCUAGCGCCGAACCGAGCCAGGUGGGACUAUCACAAAGUUCAUAUCAACCAGGUACAGUUGCUGAGUGAAGUGGACAGUGAUCCACUGUUUACCAGUACAGCAGAGAGAUGGAAAGGGUACAUGAAAGGGAAGCUGUCGCCCCACAAUUAGAAUACAACUUCUUUUUAUUUGUUUUCAUUUUAAAGGAAAUGUGAUAUUCUUUCUCUUUUUUUUUCUAAUAGUAUGUGGUAUCAUACACAGAUGAGGCAUAAAGCUGUGUUUUAUUUAGUCAUUCCAAUUCUUUUCUAUUUUACCUAAAGUCUUUAACUUAUUUUAUGAUUUUUCUGUUGGUGCUUAUUUGUUCAGUGAACUGUAGAUUUAGAAAAACUAUACGAUUAUAAUUUUAUUACACGGUUAAGACAUGUAGGGCAUCAAAUUAAACUGAAUAAUUGUAGUAUAAAGGAAAAAUGAAUUUCGUUUGAUCAUUUAAAAAAAAAUUUAAUUUGUUGUUGAUUUUUUUAAAGAUGUAAGUAAACUACCGGGUAUUAUUUAGUAAAAAAAAAUUCCAUAUAAUUUAGCUUUAAAAUAUGAAUAUUUUCCUCUAUCUUUAUUCAGCGCUCUCCUUAUAGAGAUUAUAUUCUAAAAUGACUAUCAUUGUUUAGGCCUUUAAGUGAACAUGACCUUGAGAUAUUAAGUUUUAUUUGUUUCCUAUUCUUUCAAAGACAAAUGCACUUUGUGCAAUGCAAUACAUAUUUCAAGUUUUGAGGUGAUCAAUAUAUUCUAAUAUACUGGGCAUGAUUUGCAGUGCUUUUGAUUCAUAAAUAAGCAUUUACUGUAACUGCAUUUUAUAAGCAAAGUCAAGUUUUGAUGGUAUCAAUGUGUUUCAGAUAUCUGAUGCUUUGAGACCAAUGUUCAUCAUUUUAUUUCACUGAUAUUUUGAUAUAUCUGUUACAUAUCUAUUAUUUAUGUAGUAACAUAGGAUAGAAAUACACAUGUACUGUAAACCAAGUUUAAUUUGCUAUUACUUCAUUAUGGUAUUAACCAGUGAUAAUGAAACUCGUUUCCUGACAAUGUAAGGUAUUUGCUAUUAUAUAUUCCUGAACAGAUAGGAAAAACAUUCAUAUGAAAUAGGAAGUGACUCAAGUGAGAUAUAUUUGUGAUUGUGUAAUUCUUCUGAAUUUUGAAAUAAUUUCUUGAACAUUUACAGUAGGGAAUUUUUCAUAUACAACAAGGAAACAAAUACAGAACAGACAUAUUUUUGUCAGUUUUGAUUUUCUGAUUUAAUACAAAUACAGGUAUCUGUGAUCUUUAUUAGCUAUAUACAUGUAUACACUAUAAGUAUGUAGACUUUAACAGGUAUACUCAUGUUAUGGACACUGUAGCUUUAUGAAUUAGUUACUUAGAUAUCAGUUUUCAUUAUGGUUGUGCCAUGUAGCACCAUCUCAUGCGUACUUGUGCAUUGGUUCUGCAGUCAGUAAUGACUUUUGCUCAGGUUUAAUUUGUUGAUCAUUUUUAUCUGUCAUUGUUAGAUUUGUUAUUUUGGUUUUUUUUUUUCUUUUUUUUAGUAAUCAGUGGGGUUGCCUCUGUUUAUGCAUUAACAUGUUACUUUCUUUAUUGCUGUCAAUAUAAUGAACAAAACUACUGUAAACACGGUCAUUUUUGUUGGAGUGUAAUUUACAGGACUGUAUAUAUGUAAUGGGAAAAUUUUUUUUUUUUUUUAGAAAAGAACUUCUACUUUCAUAUUGUAUAUAUUAUUCCAACAAUGUAAACAAAUUUGUUGCAUGAAUGCUCAUAUAUUUUUAAUUCAUGGACAAACACAUAAUAUUCACUGAAAAACAUCCAAAUAGAUAUUCAGUUGAUUCUAGCAUGCUACGGUUUAAUGCUUGCUUCUUGACAGAUGCAGAUAUUAGCACACAAAAAUUAUACAAAACCUAUUGUUUGUAGCAAUAUUUCAUAUGUCUUCCAAUUAAUAGAUACAGGCUGGCAUAUGAAGGAAUACAAUUAGAAAGGUAUUUGGUACUGGAUUCUAUUGAGUGAGAGGGUAUUUUAAUUAUGGUGCUUUAAACUGUUCUUGUACAUCAGAUGAAACACGAUCAUAUUGUGUUUUAUAUAUAAUCCAUGUGUAUACAUUGUAUGAUACAAAGUUUUAUAUGUUCACAUUCCAAUGUGGUAUCAUGUUCUUAUAUAUCAAAAGAUUUUCAUAUAUUUUUAUAGUCUGAGAGGAGGAUGUUUAUUGAUUAUGGGCGUGUUGUAGGUGAAUGCGUAGAAUUUCAUGUAUGACAGACUUAAGUGUAGAAGGGAGAGAACUCUUGGCAUUUGUUACAUUGUCACAAUACUCCAUUUUCAUUAUCAGCUGGCCACUUGGUUUCAUACAAAGGCAGGCUAAAUAAACCAUAAAAACCUUGA